AUGGCUGCCGAACCCCCCGCGAAAAAAAAGUGCCUUGGUGUCGACUGCGAAAACGACGCCGGCACCCUGCAGUGCCCGACCUGCCUCAAGCUUGGGAACAAGGACAGCUUCUUUUGCUCCCAAGACUGCUUCAAGAAGAGCUGGGGCACCCACAAGUCCAUGCACAAAUCUCAAACAACCGGUUACUACAACCCCUUCCCGAGCUUCCCCUUCUCCGGCUCGCUGCGCCCCGUAUACCCUCUCUCCGAGCACCGCACCGUCCCCCGAUCGAUCCCCCACCCCGUGUGGUCCGAAGAUGGCAACCCCAAGUACAGCCGCUCGCUCAGCAGCCGUACCAAGUUUGAGAUUCUCGACGCCAAGGGCAUAGAAGCCAUGCGCAAGGUCUCCAAGCUCGCGCGCGAAGUCCUCGACCUGGCUGCCGCCGCCGCCGUACCCGGUGUCACCACCGACCAUAUCGACGAGAUUGUACACAAGGCCUGCGUCGAGCGCAAGUCUUAUCCCUCGCCUCUCAACUACAACCACUUCCCCAAGUCCUGCUGUACUUCGGUCAACGAGGUCAUCUGCCACGGCAUCCCCGACAAGCGCAUCCUCCUCGAUGGCGACAUCCUCAACAUUGACGUGACCCUGUACCACGAGGGCUACCACGCCGACCUCAACGAGACGUACUACAUUGGCGACCGCGCCAAGGCCGACCCGGAUAAUGUGCGCGUCGUCGAGGCGGCGCGCGAGUGCCUGGACGAGGCUAUCAAGGCCGUCAAGCCCGGCGUGCAGAUCCGCGAGUUUGGCAACAUCAUCGAGAAGCACGCCAAGACAAAGGACUGCAGCGUCAUCCGCACCUACUGCGGCCACGGAAUCGGCAAGCUGUUCCACUGCCCGCCUAACGUGCCGCACUACGCCAAGAACAAGACGCCCGGCGAGUGCAAGGCCGGCAUGACGUUUACGAUUGAGCCCAUGAUUGCGCUGGGCAAGUACCGCGAUAUCACAUGGCCUGACAACUGGACGAGCACAACCAUUGACGGCAAGCGCACGGCUCAGUUUGAGCAAACGCUGCUAGUAACGGAAGACGGCGUCGAGGUGCUGACGGCAAGAAAUGAAAACUCUCCCGGCGGCCCGAUCCCUAUGCCUACCGCGUCAUAA